AUGGGUACAGAAAUUGAUAAGGAUAACAGAGUUACAAAUUGUAUUAGUAAUCCAAACGUUGGUAACCCUGAGUACCACAAUAUAAAUCUGGAAGACAUUACUGACAAUCAUGAUGAUUUUCAGACUCAGCUAUCACAUAGAGAAAAACAGAAAUUGAAACGACAGAGACAGGAUCAAAAUGGAUAUGAAUCAUCUAGUUUUACGCCAAAACGAAAUCGUAAUGACAAUAAUGACACCCAUCAGAAAAAGAUAAGCGAAAAUACAAAUCAAUAUGCUACUUCGUCCUAUUUUAACACAAAUCGUACAUAUCGUAAGCAAGGAAAUGAGUCAUCGCUUUAUUAUAAACAACAGAGAGUGACUUUUCCUCCUUUUCGCAUUAAAUUGAGUGAUGGAAACAAAUUUCCUCAAAAUGACGUCGUUAUUAUUAAAGAUAUAAAUCGCAACUGUAAGAUAAAUUUAACUUACGGACGUCCUGUUGUAAUAGAUCAAGAAAAAUGUUAUCUGUUAUAUGCAGACACGGCGAUACAAUUCGAUUUUCUAUUAAAUAUAGAAAAUUGGCCGGAUAAAAUUUGUAACAAUCAAUAUUCAGUUGAAUUACCAAGAAAAAUUCCUGCAUCUUUUUCUAUCGUUGUUAAAAAUGUUCCAGCUCAAUGGAAUGCUGCUGGUUUCGGGGAAGAAUUAAAACAAAGGUAUUCAACAAUUGUUAGAGCUGAAAGGCUCUUUAUUAAAGGAGGUCGACCUAUUUCGAAAGUCCGUGUGGACUUUUCAUCCAACAAAGAGUUAGCGGAAAUACUUAAGAUGAAACGUAUAUUAUUGGAUGAUGAAUACACGUCGUACCAAAUCGAACCUUACGUGCCACCAAUUCAUAUUGUACGUUGUUAUAUUUGUCAAGCAUAUGAUGAUCACAUAGCUGCCUACUGUCCAAAUAAAGAAAAACCCAUAUGUUUUAAAUGCGGACAAAAUCAUGUCUAUGAUCGCAAUUGUCAAAACGAAACUCGAUGUGCGCAUUGUCAAGGGGGGCAUAUGGCAGGAAAUCCAAAUUGUCCAGUAAAAAUUGAAAGACGUCAAAUGAAGACACAACAAAACAGAACAUCGAAUGAUAAACAGAUGCCAUUAGUACCAAAACAGCAGGGUGUCUGGGCGAAUACGCCAGGCCGAUUACCUUUUCGUAAUGCCUCAAUGACAAAUGAUAAUACCAACUAUGGGAAAGAACAAAGGUGCACGAUUGAAAAAAUAAACGAUACAACGAUGGCAAUUAUGCAAAAUCAGAAAGAUCUUUAUGAACAAUUCACGUUGUUAAAUGCAAAGAUUAAGAAUCAAGUGAAUGAAAUCGUGGCCGUAAAACUUCUUAUCAAUGAUAUUGUAUGUCCAUUGAUCAGAGAAAUUUCGAAUAUCAUUUAUGGUCAAGUUAAAGGUCAAAAUAAACAAAAACUAACUCCAUUAUACAACAAACUAAUGAAUUAUAUGGGGAAUAAUGACAUUAAACUUGGUAACGGUAAUGAUCAGGUGAAUGUACAGCAAUACUGUGAACAAUCAAGUGAUCAAAAUAUGAAUUCAUUAGAAAUAUGA